UGGACCUGGCAGAGACGAGCAGCAUGGUCAUGGAAGGCGCUCCCGUCAUGUCGUGGGAAGAGGCCAAGGCCAUGUGCGAAGGAGUCGGCGACGUCUUCGCGAAGAACGCGGCCAAGGACCGCGACCGCCUCCUCAAGCUUCGGGAUACGUUUGGCUCUAUCCGCGGGACCUUUGCCCAGCGCCAGGCCGCGGCUCGUCGCACCGUCGAAGAGGCGCUCGCCGAGAUCCUCAGAAUAGAGCAACAUGAACAAGGUCGCGACAAUAGCGCUGAGAUGGCCCGGCGCCUCGACGAGCUCGCGCAGUCCAAGGCGCAACUCGAGGCUCAGCUGACCGGACUUCAGCAGAACCAAGUGGCGACGGAGACGCACAUUGAAGAGCUCAUCUUGCAGUACGAGCAAGCCCAGCGGCGAUACAUGGACGAGUGCGCGGCGCGCGAGAAGGACGUCCCCCGCCUCCGGCAAAACAUGGCUGUGUACGCGUCCAUCACUGGCAUCAAGUGGGACUUUUCUAGCGACCGCAUCGCAGGCUGUAUUCACAUCCCGGAACGCAAGCUGCUCUCGAAUUUCGAUCUGAGCCCGACGCAGUCGCCGUACGAGACAGCCAACGCGCUCUGGACGAUCAUCGAGACUGCCCACGAGGCACCUCAGAAAUAGUUUAUUCGACAUCCACAUAUGCAUUUGCACUUCCA